AUGGACGAGUCAGAUGAGUCACUGUGUUUCGAUAGCGAUGACUUUGACGAGGACAAUAGGCCCUCUGACAUUGUCUUCGGUGAGGCUGGUGAUGUCAUGGCCGAGUUCGAGGAGGAUUGCUCCCAAAGCGAGGAGGAGCGAGAGGAGCAGAAGGCAGCUUGCGUCUACCGGGCCAGGGGAGAUUCGCCGGAGACAACCACCAGCGACGAGGAGAGCGCCGACGCGAAGGCUGAGGCGGCGCUCGCUCUUCGGAGCCGCGGCAUCAUCCGCACGCAGGAUUCGGCGCUGGUGCAGGCGACCGCGUUGAGCCACUUCAUGUCGGCUCCAAAGUCACGCGUAGAGACCUGCAGCGAGUGCUUCAGCCGCCGGGCUGCUCGUGGCUCAGAGCUCUGUAGCCACUGCAAGACGGAGUUGCGACAGUUGAAGAGAUGUCUUGGGAAGUGA